UCCCAAUUAGUGCGCCACUCCUCUCUCCUCACAUCUCUGGGUGCUAUGGACUCAGCGGUGGCUGCGCAAGUGAGCGAGACCGUGGCAGAGAAGGUGCUCCAGUACCGGCGAGACGCGUCAGGCUGGAAGAUCUGCCGGGAAAGCAAUGGAGUUUCAGUUUCCUGGAGGCCAUCUGUGGAGUUUCCAGGGAACCUGUAUCGAGGAGAAGGGAUUGUGUGUGGGACACCAGAAGAAGUGUGGGACUGUGUAAAGCCAGCUGCUGGGGGCCUUCGAGAGAAGUGGGAUGAGAAUGUGACCAGUUUUGAAGUAAUCCAAAGCAUCACAGAUACACUGUGCAUAAGCAGAACCUCCACCCCCUCAGCUGCCAUGAAGCUCAUUUCUCCCAGGGAUUUUGUGGACGUGGUGCUAGUCAAGAGAUAUGAGGAUGGGACCAUCAGUUCCAAUGCUACCCAUGUGGAACAUCCACUAUGCCCCCCAAAACCAGGUUUUGUGAGAGGAUUCAACCAUCCCUGUGGUUGCUUCUGUGAACCUCUGCCAGGAGAGCCCAACAGGACCAACCUGGUCACAUUCUUCCAGACUGACCUCAGCGGUUACCUCCCACAAAGCGUUGUGGACUCCUUCUUUCCUCGCAGCAUGACCAGUUUUUAUGCCAACCUUCAGAAAGCAGUGAAGAAAUUCCAUGACUGAUGCCCUCACUUGUUGGCAAAGAACAUCUAUGACUCAUUAAGGAGCUCUGGUUCAUGGAACACCACGGAUCUAGGAGAACCCAAGCCUGUUUUGCUCUUGGGCAAUGACUCUCUAAGAAUGCCAGCCAAGGGCAACGGCCCACCCACUCCUACCUCCUCUGUCCUCUCACGGUUGGCAUGGGAGGAGCCAUUCACAUACUUCUUACUCUAUCUGUGAUCCAAACACACCUGUGGCAGGGUGAACCUAGGCUCUGGCUACCUGACAAGGACUCAGCUCGGGCACUAUGUUCCAAUCCUGUAUGUGCCUGUCACUGUCAGAGACCGUGUCUCCAUGUUUGUCCUAGAGAAUUAUCAUGAACACUGAAACCAAGUCCUGUGUGCAGUUUUUAGAAACCUUCAUACAUGUUUUUAAUAUGAUUUUCCCCUUAAAAACAUGUCAACUUGGAAAAUAUUGGUUUUGAACAAUGGAAUAAGCCUUAAGAAAAAAUUCUUUCCAUUUGGAUCAAUACUUUAAGUGGAUCUUCUGUUGGAAUUGGUUUUCUGCCUUCUUUCCUUUCAGUGAGUUAACUUUCAUAUCUUAGUAACACCAGGGAGUUUGAAUCUGCCCCAGGGCAAAUCUGUAGUCUUCAAGAUUAGUUUUCUUUGGGAGUGACUCUAAAUGGAGCAAACUGCUCCUGUCUGUGUGCAGAACUCUAGGAAUAAGGGUGCCUGCCUGUCCUCGGUUAGGGAGGCCAAGGCCGGAGUGCUCCGGCCUCCAGGGCCCCAUCAGGCCACACUGCCACCCAGAAAGAGGGCAGGGCGCCCCUGUCUGAAUCCUCCCUCUGAGAAUCUGCUGCUAGACUGUACAACACUGCCGUGUCAAUAUCCACCCUAUACAUCUUCAGAGCCAGGGAGCACAGCUUUAUCACCCAGAAGAGACUCAACAGAAAGUUAGCACACAAAUUCCUUUACCUCUGUCCAGUCAGGGCUGCACAGCCAGAGGGAUCCUCUAGCAUUGUUUUGAAACCUUGUCUGGGCUCCCACCUUUGUAAGGAAGACCUCUCCUGUGUCUGCCCAGAGGCAGCUUCUGUUACUAUUCCUAUGCAGGAAUUUCCAUAGCAUUCCACCUUUACUCCUUCAAACAUAAGUCGCUUCCCUUAUGUGAUAUUAACUUACCUGCCUUAACUUGGGCUGACUGUCUCCUUAGUGUGCCAAGAUGUGAGCAAGCUUUAAGACACAAAAGCUCCCUCUCUCUGUUGUCAUGAACUGUAGAACCCAUAGUGACACCAUGAAGAUCACCAGCAAACUCUUGACUCAGUAAGAAAUCUUUAUCCAACUCUUGAAUUUGCUUAGAAUUCAUUCCUUUAUUCAGUAGGGGCCCAACAGGUCCCUACUCUGUUCCAAGCACUGUUAUUUGUCAACUCAUUUGAGUUGACCUCCCAAGCAAAGCCAAUUCUGGGUGCCCCAGCCAAAGAGAACUUUCAUGCCUGCCUGUUUGAGGUGAAGACCUCAGAAAGUGGUGGUCUUACCAAGAUGGGGUAGCCUGUGUAAUCCUGUCUAGCAGACUGGAUGACCUUUCACUUGUCUCUGGCCCAUAUGGUGUUCUGUGCUGACCACACAUGUAUCAGCUGGCAUCAAGUUAAACUGGUUUGAGCCCAGGAUAAGGAACCAGAAAGUAGGUCUGCUCUGACUUCCUAAUAUAUGGAGAAACAAAUGCCAAUCCCAGCAUAGUCCGUUUCUUGAAUUUUGACACAGGAAGAUAAUGUAUUAAUAAGUAAAAUGCCAUGCAAAGAAGUAGGACUUCCUGGGCGAGGCCCUGGAGAGAAUUCCUUCUCAUGGAGAGUACAGGUGGAUCCAGGAUUGCUAACUGUGAUGUCUGCAAUGUGGGAAGGCAACUGGAAACAUUGUUUCCAAGCCACUGUUUUCUAAGCCUUUGUCAGCUUCAAAGAAGUAGCCAAAGACAGUGAAACCUCACAAUGAAAUCCUAGCAGGAUGGAGCUUAGAUGGAUGAGCUUUAAUUUCAGGGCCCUCUUGCCCUGCCCUGAAUUCCCUUGGCUUGGAGACCAGGAACCUGGGCAGGAGGAGGGGACCUUCUAAAAUAGGCCAGAGACAGGAAGAGAACUGGGAGAGCCUUGGGCUUACCAUGUCCAUGCCCUUGUCCUCAGACAACUUCUUCCCUUCCCAUCAGCUGACUUUGCCUCAUGUAUCUCCAUGCUCAUACCUUUCCCACCUUUUCUCUUUCCCUGGGCUGGUCCAGCCUUAUCACUUGGCUGCCUUAAAAGACUCAAAAAACAAUUCCUGGUUAUAGGAAACAUCACAGUGCCCAGAUGAUGAGAUUGUGCAGGCAGGGAAUGUGGCCUCAUUGCCCAGUCCUUGGCAGGCACACAGUAAGACAGUGGGGAAUGGGUAUUGUAUUGAGUUUCACCUUUCAUCAAGUUCACCUCCAGAGGAAAAAGAAGUUGAUAAAAUGGUAUUUCAAAUUUCUUAUCUACUUGAUGAAAUUCAGGAUGGGGUGAGCAAGGUAACAUGCAGCAAACAAGCUAAGCCCAUGGUUUCUCAGAAUCAAUAAAACCAUCAGCUGAUGCCAACUGUGACAAGGACACUAAAGGGGUUUACACGAAGAAUAGGAGCCCAGAUGGGUUUUCUGAGUCCGGCAUUCUGAAAGAUUCUUGGCUUCCUGUAGACCCUGGAGAAGCCAUCAGAUUACAUUAGCAUGGUUCCACUGAUAUUGGCCUGGGAAUAAACUACUUUUUGUGUUUCGUCUGUGGUCUUUGCCAGGUCUUCCCCCAUAUCUUCAGUGCAUAGGAGCAGGGACUCAGGAGGGGCCUAGUC